AGCAACUCUGCCGUUCAGUCGAAAUCCAACGCUCAGCCGAAGCACAUGUCCCAACUCUGUUUACAAACAAUCCCAACUACGCACUCACUCACUUUAGCUGCUGGAGAAGAAAAAGUCUCAAAUUCCCGAACCUAAUUUUCGAGUAAAAAUAUAUUUUUUUGAACACUACUUUUCCUAUUCCCGACCUCCGUACUUACUCAAAAAGUAAGAAUUAGAGAAGGAACGAAGCUGGCUACUUUCCACGACCGACAAGUUUUUGAAUCCUCGUCAUUUUCGUCGUGUUCUUCAUCCAGAAUUUCGACAGUUUCGACUUCUCCUUCAUCUUCCUCCUUGACUUUACUACUGCCCAAUGAAGCCCAUUUUCUACAACACUAUACGGCAAGAGAGCACCAUAAGGAAACCACUUUUCUAGACAGGAACAAGUAUUAUUUUAGGGGAGGAAGAAGAAUUGAAAAUUUACAAAUACCGGCCAGAAUUAUUACGGCUUUGCUAGAGUCGUACGCAUUUGAGGUGUUUCGCCGGACAAAUUUUAUACGGGGUGUGAUACAUGUAAUUAACUAUUAAUCAUAGUAGUGGAUGAAAAUGGAAGCGCUGUCGAGUUGAUACUCCGGCAAGAAGUAAGAUAGAGAAGUGAUUGUAUUUUGACAUAGUUAAUUGGAUAAUCAAAGAUAGAAAUCCGUCUUCUGCUAGUCCUUCCGGGAAAAAAAGUUUAUAGGAAAUUGAUAUACCGGCAUUUUCGUCGUGUUUUGGAUCUGAAAGAGAAAAACUGUCUGGACGAAUGCAAAUCCUGUUAAUUAUUUAAAACUGUUGAUUGAUUGAUUAAUUGGAGAAGGAAAGAGACCACAAAUCUCUUGGGUUUGACUGUUCAUUCAUUUACAAGUGGAUCUCAAUUAUCUCACCAAUCUCACGCACGUCACUCUUUUUGAAGAAUCAGAGGAAAUUAUCAUCAUCUAUCAUGGCUCCGAAUCGAAGAGCAAAGAAUGAUCAUGGAGGCAACCAUGGGGGCAGUGGGGGUGGUGGUGCCGGCGGCGGUGGGGGUGGUCCUGCCCACAAUCAACGCAAUGGCAACCAACACGGACGAAAUGGAAUGGCUUCAUCGCCGAUGAAAUGCGUCCGCCCCAAGGGAUGUCUCGAACCGAAGCGUCUAAUCUACAUGGAGGAUAUCGAAAGUGGAUCGAUCGAAGUGGUGCGAGUUGCAUGCAACAAUCUGCAAUGCGAGCAAGGAAAUUACAUGCAUUCCGAGUGUUUCGCCGAUUGGGAAACAUCGGUCUUGAACUUCCUCAGCUCCACUGGCCGAGCUAGAUCUUGGUCGGUGAAACAGCGACAACAAAACUUGUGGACAAAGAAGGGUUACGAUAUUUCGUAUCGUGCAUGUGGCUGCAACUGUGGAAAAGGUCACCUUCGCAAAGAUUUGGAUUGGAUCUCCCCCACGGAGAAAUUGGACCGAAUCGCGGCCGCGAACCCAAAUCCACCCGCCGCUCCGGCUGCUGCGGCCGCAGUCGCAGCCCAAGCACAAGAAGAAGUCGCUGCUCCGAAUCAACAUAAUGCAAACAAUCAGAACCGCGACAAUGCUGCCGCUGUUGCCGCCGCCGCUGCUGUUGCUGAAGAGAGAAAGAAGAAAAAGAAGAAGGCGAAAGAAAACCUGCCCACACUUUCUCUCUCCGCUCCGGUGCCCCAUCCGAAUGAUAAUCAUAGCCGAAAAGUGGCUCCUGUUGCAAGUGCUCCCAUCAAGGCGACAACCUCGACCUCGUCUGACCCCACUUCUUCGUCAUCUGCAUGCAAUUCUGGGGGCUCUGCAGGCUCCUCUUCUUCCAGUGGGAUAGGAAGCUUUGGAAGUUCAGAUUCAGAUUCCCCCUCGCCACCGUCAUCCGGCCCGUGGAAUCUUCCCGAAUCCGCGUCCCUGUAUCGUGACAGGGUCAACAGUCUUUCCUCUAAUGCUUCCGGCUCUUCGGGAGCUUUUUCUGCUGCGUCUGGAUCUGGAUCGCCUCCUUCUCCUGGGGCACAGUUUGGAUCUCCAGCCUCCACCAGCUCCAUGCUGGCACAGAAUUUCUUCAAAUUCCAGAGAAAGAAUUCCAACGGGGGUGACCGAAUUCGGCACAACUCGACGGGAAGUUUGUUCUGUCGUCGCAAUGACUUUUCCAGCUUCAACUUUCUCCCAAAACAAAAACAAAACUCGUACCACAUUAAGAUGGACGAUGAUGGGCAUGGGAACGAUGACAUGAGGUUCGUGGUGCUGGCGACGCUGCAGAAUCAGCGGAUGACGAAAGUGAAUUGUUGCAUGUGCCAGUCCAACAUGAUUAUUUACGAUCGCUAUCCCCUCAUCGAUGGAACUUUCUUCAUCGCACCGAGAAAAUAUGGCAAGGAAUCGAUCCCGAUGAUGACCACAUCUCCAACCUCGGGCGCGGACGGAGUGUCCAACACGCGCUACUUGACCGCGAUCUGUAUGCACUGCCUCUCUGGAAAGCAAGGUGGAUACGUUUGUCGCGGAUGUGGGAAGGCGUUCGAUGGAACGGCCAUCAUCAUCGGAGCGAUCUACAGCUACGACGUGUUUGCGUCGAUGGCUUGUUGCCGUAAAAGAGUCGAGUGUGGAAACUGCCGAGCAGUAUUGCACAGCGAGCAGUACAAAUAUUUCUGCCAGGGAAGCAACCUCAUCCGCUGUUACCGCUGUGGAUUCAUGGACUUCCACUUUGCCAAGGCUUUGGAGUCCGUGUACGAGAGGGUCGCACCGGACCAGUUUGACAAAAUAUUGAGGAUGCAAAAGUAAUUAUUAUGUAAUAAGUUAAGUUGGAGGAAUUAUCUCCAACAUUUAUUUAGUGGGUAGACUUUAGAAGAAGAUGAGUUAGAAAAAAACUGGUGAAUCAUCAUAUUUACCUUUUAUAAUAGAUCAGCAUACAUAAAAAUUUCUUGUAUAAUGAUAUAAAAAUAAUAAUAAGAAAUAAAUGAUAUAAAAAUUCCACCGAUUCAAUAAUA